CAAGGUGAGCUGAGUCACAAUCGGGUAUCCAACUUCACUCCAUAGUCAAUUUGUGUUUUUAUCAAAAUAUUGCAUCAAUCCAAGCCUGAUGCUGUCGCACCACGACGAUGACGACGACAACCACCUCUGCAUCAAGUGCAAUGCGACGAUCAUCGGCCUCGACAACUACAUUAAACAUAGAAAACAAAAUUGCGGUAAACCCAAAAAUGACCCAAAACCAGAUCUACCAACCAUCGAUCCAUUAGAACCGUCAUACAGCCUUGGCGCUGAUGUCUUUUUCCAAUCCCUUCAAUUACAGAGUAGCGUCAAAAAAUCUCCACUGUCCCGACUCACUCCCCCCGCACAGACUCCUAAAGCUACCGAUAAGAAAACCGCACACGCAGUCGCAUCAACAUCUAGAGAUAUCCCAAGAAUGAGUCCCAUAGAAAGUAAUUUAAGAGGAGAAGAUUGGAUCGGUGGACAUAGUUUAAGAAUAGGAAGCAACGAAGAUAACCAGACUAAACUAAUAAACGCUGUUGCAAGUAUAAGUGGCUCGGUCAAAAAAGACCUUCCAAGUACAUCUUAUAAUAUUAGCACUUAUAAUGAUUAUAAAGGUGAUGACGAAUCAGAAGAGUCCGAUGACUCUGAGGAUGAUGAAGAAGAAGAAGCUCAUGACGUGAAAUGGAAACCUUCACCGAAUUACACAGGCGGUAAAUGGCGUCCAGCCUCUCCUGAACAUGAAGAUUGGGAUAUGAAAGACGAACAGGAUCAUGAUCGUGAUUAUGAUUAUGAUGCACCACCCCCCGAACAUACGAAAGGAAAAUGGGUACCGGGGGCUAAUGAGAAAACACAAAUUAUGCAAACUACCAUCCAAUCUAAAGGAUCCGUUCAGUACUGGUGCGGACCAUGCAAUCGAAGAUUAGGUUCAAGGACCAUUUACGAGAAACAUCUCAUGUCAAAUUUACAUAUGCGUAAAGUUCUUCCAGAACAUGAGCUAGAAUUUUCAGGUCAUUUAGAACCAAUACGAAAUGUAGAAAAACGUUCGACACGCCCUUCUAUUUUCGCUAACGAAAGUCCAAAAUUGCAGCCACAUAAAAAGAAGCAAAAAUUAGAACCUAAAGUAAUUAAAAUGAAGAAAAAGAAGAGGAAACGAAAAUCUUAUUUCGUUCAAUGCUCAGGAUGCAAAUCGCGAGUACGGACACACUUAAUGGGAAAACACUUGAUAUCCCAUUAUCAUUUCAGAAAAGCUACUGAUAUAAAAAGUGACGUGGACGAUCGACAGUUGAUUCUUGACAAUAUAGAAGCCAUCGUCCAUCAAGCUCCCUUUCAAUGCAGUCCAUGCAAAUUCUAUACGAACUGGCUUUCAACUUUCAUGCAACACUGGUAUUCUGAAGAGCAUGAGCUCACCGUUUCUACGAUAGAUGGUAGAUAUUGGUGCUCCUUUUGCAAGUUCGAGUGUGAAACGUCGCAAGAAAUGCUGAAUCAUAUGUCGAGUUCAGAACACAGCGAAGUUGUGGCAGUCAUAAACAGAUCCAUGCCUAUAAUCAUAAGGAAGAAGACAGUUUUAAGUUGCGCGACGUGUGAUAAAGAAUUUCGUUAUAACAUGGAGAUUAAACGGCAUUGCUUAAAAGCUGGUCACGCUCUAGCUAUUACAGCUACUGAUAAUUACCAAGAAUUACACAGGUGCCAACAUUGCAAACAAAAGUUUAAAUCCUCUGUUACGUUGGCAGCACAUUUGAAAUCUAGUCACAAGCAGAAGGCAUUCUUUUGUCUCGUAUGUUCAAAGACUUUUGCUACCUCGGAAGAAGCCAAGCGACAUCGGCAGACUUCAGAGCACAGAAUUCGUAGGAAAGAGAAUAUGAGUCAAAGAGGACUUGAUACUAAGGAUUUGAGUAAGAAAUGCCCUUAUUGUACUGAAAAAGUCAUCUUGAAAAAUAUCCUGGAACUCAAAGAUCAUAUUAGGCGAAUCCAUCCAAACAUCAAGAAAAAAUGUCCCAAAUGUGGAAAAUCGUUCAUCUUUUCUCAAGAAGUGAGUCGACAUAUUCGGGACAACGCUUGCACAUUCCAAAAGGCGGAGAUACUAAAUUCCUCCAUUCUCUGGAACUGUAGCCAGUGCAUCUUCACCACCGACUCUCAAGCUGAGUGUUUCUUCCACGAAGUCCUUCACACUGAACCCCUGACUGAAACUAAAAGUGAUGGAAAGAAUAAAACUGUUCAGAAGUACCCCUGUCCAAUUUGCUCGAAGAAUUUCAAGAAAGCAUCCCUUCGACUACAUUUAAGGCAGCACACUUUUGAAAGGCCAUUCAUAUGCUCGAUUUGUGGAGCAAAUUUCACGCGUCAAUCUAGUCUGGCAAAUCAUUCGAAGAGCGAGCAUGGAGGUUUGGACUCUCGAGUCCCGAAGUUAACUCCACUGGAUGUCAGGAUGACUAAUAUUAUUGUGGAGACAUUAAAAUGUAGCAAAUGCAAGAAGAAUUUUGGAGACAGCCUCGAAUUAACUGAGCACUCUACCACCUGCGAGGCAGAAGAGAGACGCUGCUCCCACGAUCAGUGCUCCUACAUCGCGUCCACUGCAGCACAACUAAAAAGACACCUUCGAACGCAUGGGGAACGUAAAAAACAGUACGACUGUCCGACUUGUGGUUUCAAAACAGACCAGGCGAGUCAUAUGAAGAGGCACCUCGUAUGCCAUGAGGGUAUCAAGCCGUAUGCUUGUCCACAUUGCGAGUUCACUUGUGGGAGUUUGGAGAAUCUGCGCAAGCACGUGCUGCGCAGUGGACGCCACCCCGGCAUGCCGCUGUACCGCUGCCGCGUCGCAUCGUGCAGCUUCCGCGCCGACCGCGCCGCCGCGUUGCGCGCGCACCUCGUCACAGCGCACCCUGACUCCUACGACACCAAGAGUGCUCUACUUGCUGUCAAGCGACACCUGAUGAAGGAGACACCAGUUUCAACAUAGAGAGACAGACAUCAAUGGAGUUGCAGGGAGCCGCUGGAUUCAGGCGGCGUAAGACCGUGGCGUAUGAAAGUCCAUGCAAGAGACCUAUGUCUAUCGGACACUUAGUUAGUACUCAAUAAAAGAGGACGGUUUUCAAAGCAGUUGUUCUGUUUGGCAGCCAUUUUAAAUACUGUCGGAAGCUACGUUGGCCUGGCCGCUCCCAGCUCACUGCCAUCCUAGCAGUACUAGGUAGACUGUACUCAUUUUGACUCGGUCCUACGACCACGCUAAAAACUCGCUACACGCUCUCAAAUCAGCGCGUUUUGAUGAA